AUGGGAGUUGGCGGAGUCGUCUUACGCUUUUUCAGCCUCGCUAUUCGAGUGCUGCAGUUCCUCGCUUCGGCUGUCAUUCUCGGCAUCUUCUCAUAUUACCUCGCCGUCCUAUCCCGCCAUAAUCUGGACAUCCCCACCUGGAUCAAGGCCGUCGAGGGUCUAUCCGGUGCUGGUGCUCUAUACGGUAUUCUAGGCACAAUCUUCGUCUGCUGCCUGGGCGGAGUCGCCUUCUUCGCUUUCCUCGGUGUCGUUCUCGAUGUCUGCUUCGUGGGUGCCAUGAUCGCGAUCGCCAUUUUGACUCGCGACGGUACCCAGAAGUGCUCAGGCAACGUCAAGACCCCGCUAGGCAACGGCAAUGCCGAUAACAACAGCAAAACUUCUGCUGGCACUAGCUUCCACAUGGCUUGCGAGCUGGAGAAGGUCGCCUUUGCAGUUUCGAUCAUUGGAAUCUUCUUCUUCCUCAUCUCCAUCCUCUUCCAGGUCCUCCUGGCCCGCCACCACAAGCGCGAGAAGCGCUUCGGCCCUUCCCCUGCUAACAACUACACCUACGGCACCAGCCGCAAGUGGUGGAGCCGCAAGAAGAACAACACCGAAGCCAGUGGUGGCCUGGACGCUCUGCCCACUCACCCCACCCCAGCUGACGUCGAGAUGGGCGAGAAGCAGCCCGAGAAGAACUGGUUCGGCUCGUGGGGCAAGAAGAAGCAAGCCACCACCGGUACCCCUGCAACGGGUGCCCAGAAUGGCUAUGGCUAUGGUGGCUCUGCCUACACCGGUAACAUCUAA